CGCUAUUUUGUUCUUUACAAUCCUGUCUCUACAAAGGACUAAAAGAAAAUUUUCUUCCAACUCUGUCUUUCACCCAACCAUGGAUGCCAAGCUUCUCCCACAAAGCUGCAGCCUUCUGAAGACCUUGUCACCUAGACAUGUACAUCAACAGCGUUGUUCUCCAGUUCAUGCCGUUCAGGUGAGGCCACGAGACAUGCCGAGUUUAAAGCCAAUAGAGACCUGUCCUGGGUUAGGGAUAGAAACUGGUGUUUAUAAGGACAGUUGGUUUGAUCUACUUGCCAUAAAUCAUCUGUCUCGGACCCUCCAGGCUACAGCAGGGCUGAGAAGCAGGAAGAGCGGGUACGAAAGCUUGGUGGAGACAGCAACAAUGGUGUCUCGGAUGUUUGAUCCUGAGAAACAGCGUGAACUCGUGGUCCAAAGCCUUGAGAAAGCAAUUCCCAGGAUAAUCCUUUCCAUGAUAAGGACGUUUCUUCCCCAAUCAAAAUUUACAAGGGAAUAUUGCGCUGUCUUUACUACAAUAUUUUUCACUUGGCUCAUUGGAUCCUCUGAGGUGAGGGAAUCAGAGCUCAAUGGAAGAAGAGAGAAGAAUGUAGUCCACAUAAAAAAGUGCAGGUUUCUAGAGCAAACCAAUUGCGUCGGCAUGUGUACUAAUCUAUGUAAAAUGCCAUCUCAAGCCUUUAUAAAGGACUCCAUGGGAAUGCCAGUCAACAUGGUUCCUAGUAAACUUUUCUAAACAUAAAAAGAAACAGUAGACACAAAAACAGGAAAAGAACAAUAUUUUAGCUAAAUAAUAGUACCUGCACUAGAAUGUGAGUGGUCAUGCCCAUCAUGUCAAUGAAGGGCCCAUGCACCACCAUUUAGGGAGCAGAACUGCAAGUAGAGACCUCUCCAAUCUCAGCUGAGAAUUCUAGCAUACAAAUACACAAUAAAACCAGAAAAUGCAUGUAUGAAAUCUUGAUAUUAGAGCUUAAUUCUUUACUGCAAAUUAGGCGUGAAGAACUCAUGAUUAAAACAUGUGUAGCUACAUUGAAGAAGUGAAACCAAAUUCUACUGGUUCCCAUGAAGCCAAUCAUUUUUUCUCUAAUCAUUCCAUGUGUAAUGUCACCAUAAGCAUAAAAUUCCAUGAUCAUAAGCACCCAAGUUGAACGCUAAUGACUUUUCCACGUGCCAUUCACUUUUUUGAGA